CUGACGCUUGGUGUGUGUUCUUGUUCAGGGGUCCUGCGUGCUGUGGUGGAGGCAGCUAAGUCUGGCGGGUCUGUUCUCAGCCUGUGCGAGAUUGGAGAUGCCAUGAUCAUGGAAGAGACCGGCAAGAUCUUCAAGAAGGAGAAAGAAAUGAAAAAAGGCAUUGCCUUCCCAACGAGUAUAUCAGUCAACAACUGCGUGUGUCACUUCUCGCCGCUGAAGAGUGACCAAGACUACAUCCUCAAAGAUGGAGACCUGGUCAAAAUUGACCUGGGAGUCCACGUUGAUGGCUUCAUAGCAAAUGUAGCGCACAGUUUUGUCAUCGACGCAUCAAAGGAAAACCCAGUGACAGGCCGCAAAGCUGAUGUCAUCCGAGCGGCUCACCUCUGUGCCGAAGCUGCCCUGCGCCUGGUCAAACCCGGGAACCAGAACACACAAGUGACAGACGCCUGGAACAAAAUAGCCCAUUCAUUUAACUGCACACCCAUCGAAGGGAUGCUGUCACAUCAGCUGAAACAACACGUGAUCGACGGGGAAAAAACCAUCAUUCAGAAUCCGACAGACCAGCAAAAGAAGGACCACGAAAAAGCUGAGUUCGAGGUUCACGAAGUUUACGCCGUCGACGUUCUCGUCAGCACUGGGGAGGGGAAGGCAAAGGACGCCGGACAGAGAACCACGAUUUACAAGCGCGACCCCUCCAAGCAGUACGGCUUGAAAAUGAAAACCUCCCGUGCCUUUUUCAGCGAGGUGGAGAGGCGCUUUGACACGAUGCCAUUCACUCUCAGGGCGUUUGUGGAUGAGAAGAAAGCCCGGAUGGGGGUGGUGGAAUGCGCCAAACACGAGCUGCUCCAGCCUUUCAACGUCCUCUAUGAUAAAGAAGGGGAGUUUGUCGCCCAGUUCAAGUUCACAGUGCUUCUAAUGCCCAAUGGCCCCAUGCGGAUAACCAGUGGCCCCUUCGAGCCUGAGCUCUACAAGUCUGAGUUCGAGGUGCAGGACGCAGAGCUGAAGGCACUUCUACAAAGCUCCGCGAGCCGGAAGACCCAGAAAAAGAAGAAAAAGAAGGCCUCCAAGAACGCUGAGAAUGCUACCACGGGGGAGACGGCUGAGGAGAACGAAGCUGGCGACUGAGCAAGCCCCGCUCCCCUCCCGUAGCGCCCGCGUCUCUCACGCCCCGACCGAAACCAACCUGGCGCUGUUUGUCUCUACCACCGCGAGCAAACCGCCUGGACGUCCCACCAACUCCAGCCCGCUCUGCCACUGGGGGAGGCUCCCUCCGACCACGCCACCAAGCUACGAAAACAAUAAAAUCAGGAGUAAAACCCAGUACAGAGCCCCUUUUUCUAACCUGCCCCCUGACCCUCCGUAGAGGGGCACGACUGCCCCUGCCGGGGGAGAGGGAGUGGAGAGAGCUCAACCCCCUUCCCCUUCUCCCCAUUUCUUCCACAGACUUUUCUCCCUCCAAGUCUGGCUGCUGUUGCGCUCACCGGGCUGAGCCAGCUGCCUCGUAGCCCCUCCCCGCCUGUGAGGCCUGCGUCUCCCUCUCACCUCUACACAACGUUUUUUGCCCUGCUCCCCUCCCUCCCCCCCCUUUUUUUUUUUCUCCUUUUAAGCCUGUUGGUUUGGAUCUCGGGAGAGGCCGCGUCGGGUCCCUGGUGGCAGCGGAGUUCUGUUCAGCGUUGGUUUGCCUAUAAACUCUAUUUUUUAAUACCG